AUUUAAGCGUUGAUUAAUGAUUAAUUUUAAGUAAUUGAUGACAUACGCAUUCAAUGGAUAAAAGCGAAAUUUAUCAGCUAUUUUUAGAUGAUGUUCCUUUAGCAUUUUCCAAACGUCCAGGCACUACGGAUAUUGACGAAUAAAUAAUCGAAAAGACGCAUCUACCAAAGUGCGACGUCACCGAACAAAUUUUGGCAUUACUAUUGAUUGCUUUACAGCAUUCGACUGCAAUCUACAACAUUUGACCGUAACAUACGGAUAUUUUUCUGGGGGAAAAACGAGAUAUGCAAUCUUCUUGUUUAGAAGCUUUGUGUGAUGUCAAUUCUCCACCUUCCAGAGCUGUAUUGCUACUUCUAAAGUGCAAUAAUAUUCCAGUUCAAAUGCUGGAAAUAAAAAGAACGCCAAAACUUGAAAGGGAAUAUUCAUCCGAGAUACCUGACACAAUGCCUUACCCAGCUAUAAUUGAUCAUGAAAAGCGUCUUCAUUUAACCGGAAGUUCAGCUAUACUACGAUAUUUAUGCGCAAGAUUUGAAUUAGCUGACCACUGGUACCCAAGGGAUAUUGUUGCUAGAGCCAAGGUCGACGAAUAUAUAGCUUGGCACGACGCGAAUACCAAGGUAGCUGCGGCAAGCGUCUAUAAAUUGAGGAUUGUACAACCUAAGAGGAUGCAUAUUCCUGUAAAUGAAGAAGAGUUGAGGAGGGCUAGAUCUCGAUUGGAUCAUGUAUUACAUCAAUUAGUUGUCACUUUUCUUAAAGAUAAAGACUUUCUAUGUUCAAAUGAAAUCACUAUUGCAGAUGUCCUAGCUAUUUGUGAGUUAGCGCAGGCUGUCGCUUCUGGUUUUGCAAUAGGCGAUGGAAGACCUCGUCUUCUCGCCUGGAUUGAAAGAGUAAAAGGUCAACUACCGGAUUUUGAAAAAGUUCACGGAUCAAUGGAAGUAAAAAAACCAUUUCGUUGGUUGUCUAUGGAUUCUGCAAUGUAAUUUCUUGUGACUUCCGGCCAGGAAUCCCAUUAUAAAGACAACGUUUAUCAAAUAUCGCGAAUAAUGAUAACUAGUACUUAAAUGAAUACCACGUUCAUAUCCAUCAUAGAUAUGACAUCAGAUUAUUUUUAAAUUUAUAUUUACCGAUUAUUUAAAUACUAUAGUUUAACAGCUACUUUAUAUACUUUUAAACUAUCUUUCAUUCAAUUAUAGAUAAAAGAGAAACGUAAAAAAUAGAUAUUUAACAUUAUUAAAUUAAACAAUAUAAACCU